AUGGUGAGCCCACAACCGCGGACAAAGCUAGAUCUCCAGACAAACUGCCCAUCUUCUGUGCUCAAAGCAUGCGCCGGUAUGGACACUUUACAAGACCUGGCCGCAGCAGCUGUGGCAAGCUGGGAGGUGGAAGAUGACACGGGCUGGAGGCCGUGUGAUGACGAGGUCUUGCAGAGCCUACGCGUGGCUGGAGCCGGGCGCAAGCGACGCGUUACUUGCAACGUACGAGGGCGUAGCUGCGAACUGGACCUGGACGCAAAGACCGAGACAGAUACAGCUACAGGCAAGCGAAGGCGCUUCGCAUUGCGGGCGCUUCUGAAGCAGAAACUAGAGUUGCCCUUGCAGCCUGCGGGUCAACUUCCAGUACAGCCUCGGCAGCGGUUGCUGACGAGGGCACGAGGCCGCCGGAUCUGA